UGUGAUUCCAUCCUGCGUGGCUGUUCUGUGAACAGUAGUCGUUUAUCUCCGUCCGCCUUCUCUCCCACCUAAGUGCGAGCCACCACCCCAUGGAAGAUUCGAUGGAUAUGGACAUGAGCCCCCUGAGGCCCCAAAACUAUCUUUUCGGUUGUGAACUAAAGGCUGACAAGGAUUAUCACUUUAAGGUGGAUAAUGAUGAAAAUGAACACCAGUUAUCUUUAAGAACAGUCAGUUUAGGAGCUGGUGCAAAGGAUGAAUUGCACAUUGUUGAAGCAGAGGCAAUGAAUUACGAAGGCAGUCCAAUUAAAAUCACACUGGCAACUUUGAAAAUGUCUGUACAGCCAACGGUUUCCCUUGGGGGCUUUGAAAUAACACCACCUGUGGUCUUACGGUUGAAAUGUGGUUCAGGGCCUGUGCAUAUUAGUGGACAGCAUUUAGUAGCUGUAGAGGAAGAUGCAGAGUCAGAAGAUAAAGAGGAAGAGGACGUGAAACUCCUUAGCAUAUCUGGAAAGCGUUCUGCCCCUGGAAGUGGUAACAAGGUUCCUCAGAAAAAAGUAAAACUUGCUGCUGAUGAAGAUGAUGAUGAAGAUGACGAUGAUGACGAUGAUGACGAAGAUGAUGAUGAUGAUGAUUUUGAUGAGGAGGAAGCGGAAGAAAAGGCUCCAGUAAAGAAAUCUAUACGAGAUACUCCAGCCAAAAAUGCACAGAAAUCGAACCGGAAUGGAAAAGACUCAAAAUCAUCAACACCAAGAACAAAAGGUCAAGAAUCUUUCAAAAAACAGGAAAAGACUCCCAAGACACCGAAAGGACCUAGUUCUGUAGAAGACAUUAAAGCAAAAAUGCAAGCAAGUAUAGAAAAAGCAAAUUGAACAGUCCUGGGCACUACUGGUAAAUUAAUCCCAAAGCUGGGGAGAGAGGAAAAGGAGAGACAAAUAUAGUCCAUACGGACUGUCAUCAACAAUCCAGACUAAAGUUUCAAAUUCCCUUUCCUGAUUUGCCACCUACCCACACCCCCUUCCAGGCUGGAAGCAAUCUCAUUCUUGAUCUCCUAAAGCACUUUUCUUUUGACUGCUGUGAUUUCAGUGACCCCCUACACUUGGCUUUCUAUGAUGUGUGCAAUUGCCUCACUUAUUGAUGAUGUUUCUAUCUCCCUAGCUGCUCA